ACUCAAUCUGCCCCACGCAACGUAAAGCGGCACAAAGUGUGCACCUGUUUACAUUUCAUUUUGUAAUGCUGAAACCGUAAAUAAUUAGUUAAUUACGAUUAUAAUAUUUGUGUCAGCUUGUGCCAGUUAACAUAAUGUUGUGAAGAAUGCGUCGGAAAGAUAACCGUCCCUGGAGGAAAUUGGUUAAGAAACUGCGUCGGAAGCGAAUUCGACAAAAACUUGCGAGAGAAAGAACUGACUGCAUAAUUCUACCAGAAGAAGAUGUAAUAAUUUCAAAAGAAAAAUCUGCCGAUGUUUUGGACACCAAGUAUUUUCUAACGAAAGAGGAAUGGAUCAUACGAGAUAAGCAUAGACAGCUCGUUUCCACAAUGAAACUUGCAGAGGAGGAAAGGCUGGAGAAAGUGAGAUUGGAAGAAGAGAAACGAAUCCGUGAAGAAUGGGAGAAGAAAGAAAAUCAAGAGAAAUUGGAACACGAAGAACACGAACGGCUGACAAUGGAACGUUUGAAGAAGCAGGGAGAAGAUUACGAGCAAUUUCUGGACUUUCUUUGUGGGGACAUUGAAACACCUCCUCUGCCCUUUGUGAUGCCGGAAGGAUAUGACAGCACGGGACAAGAAACUUGCAAACUUUUCGUCAAAACGGGGGCUUGUCGGUUUUUCGAUAGAUGCAAAUUAUUACAUCCAACUCCAGUUUUAAGUCAGACACUUCUAGUCCCAAAUUUCUUUAGUCAUUUCCUUCUCCAGGAAAGUCUCCGAGAUGAAUACGAUAUGGAUUUGGGCCUGGAAUAUGAAAAGUCGGAGUUGCAGAUAGAGUUUUUAGAAUUUUACCAAGAUGUCCUUCCCGAAUUUCAAAAACACGGGAAAGUUAUUCAAUUUAAAGUUUGCUGUAAUUUCGAGGCCCAUUUGAGAGGAAAUGUUUACAUUCAAUACGACAAUAUUCGUUCAAGUGUGGAGGCAUUCAGAACCUUUAAUGCAAGAUUUUACAACGGACGCCAAAUCAGUCUCCAAUUUGUGAAAAUUGAUUCCUGGAGAACGGCAAUUUGUUGGUCAUUUCUGAACCGUCACUGCGUCAAAGGAGGUUCCUGUAACUAUUUGCACGUAUUUCGAAACCCAACCAAAGAAUUUGUUUCUGCCGAUCGAGAUUUUAAACCUGUUCCGUCCUAUCGUCCCUCACUUCCUGAGCAGAACCGUAUGGCCGCUGCUGUUCUCUCAUCGAGUCAAAGAAUGUCUUGUCCUGAUAUCACUCCCGUUGGCUCUUCUUGUAUGAGUUCAACCCCAAGUACUCCUCGUCAUUUGGAAGAUCGUAAUCGACCAUUAGAUAAAAGUAGCGGUUCAAAUGAUAGAAGUUCGUCCAGACAUCAACCCUCUCCCUCUCGAACGGAUCGGAAACGGACAAAAUCUACUAAGCGGAAGCGUAGCAAAUCUCGUAAAUCUAAAAAGCAUAAAAGAUCUAAAUCUCCAGGUCAUAAAAAACAUAAAAGCAAAAAAUCUAAAAAGACCAAGCAUAAAGAAGACUGAUUAUUUUAUAAAAAAUCUAAAAUCUCAAAUAAAACCCAAAGUUUUAAUUUACCAACAAAACUAGAUAAUCUGCCAA